GCUCACAGAGGUAAGGUAUGCGUGUGUGCGUUUAUAAAGAUGAGUGUGUGUGUGCGUUGUGGGUGCUUGUGUCUGUUCUGUAUUUAUAAAAAAACAAUGCAUAGAUCGGUUUAGCCUUAAGACAUGAAAAAAAAGAACACGUUUAAAUCCUUGCGAAAAAAAAAAACCGUGCCAAACUGCACGAAGCUGGCGGCGGCCCGAAUACGCCGUGCGGAGAAGGCGUCAUGCGCGCGGACGGACGAUGGCUACAAGGUGGAUUACCUAAGCAUAAGCAGCGUUGGACCUAACCCGCUCGCCGGCCUGACCCAGACCCGCCCAACCGUCCCCACCGCCCGCCCGCGGCCUCCCCAAAUAUCCACUCCCACCGCGCGCGCCACCUGUACAAGAGAAAAAAAAAAAACGAACCAAACCCACCCGUCGUCGCCGCUCCGCCCGCGCGUGUGCGUGCGCCCACGACCGCGCGCGACGCGACGCGCCGGCCUCGUCAAUCCCAUCGAUCGAUCUCGCCGUCGCCGGCAUCGUCGCGAUCAUGCCGCUAGAUGGUGGGGAGGUGGACCUGUGGGCGAUGGCGGCGGAGCUGGAGCGGCAGUUCGCCGGGUACAAGCAGCGGCGGGCGGAGAGGAGCGGCGCGCCCCGCGGCGACGACGAUGGCGCCGAUGCCCGCGGUGGCGGCGGGGAGGAGGAGGAGGAGGAGGAGGGGGACGGAGACGGCGGCGACGUGAGGGGGAGGAGGUACGAGGCGUACACGAGGCGGAGGGACGAGCGGCUGCGGGAACGGGAAGGGUGGCGCGCGCGCAUGGAGCGCAAGGAGGCCGAGGUCAGGGCGCUCUGGGCGCAGCUCGAGCGUCGCGCCGCCGGCUGUGCCACCGCCACCGCCACGGCGACGGACGACGACGGCGGCGGCGCGGCCGGAGUCCGAGAGAAAGCUGGGAAAGACGGCGAGAAGAGGAGAAGAUCCGACGUGGCUGCUCCGGCGAGUAGGAUCUCCGGCAAGAAGCACGCACGCACCAGGAGCUUCUCGUCCACCGCCACGAAGAGCAGCCUCCCCGACGCCGGGGCGCGGCGAGCGCUGUCGCAGGAGCCGCCGCCGCCGCCGACGUCAGAGCGACCCACCACGGCGGGCGCCGGCAGCCAUCGAGUAGCGCGGGUCACCGGCGGCGGAGCGACGACGACCGCGCCGAAACCCAGGGUGUUCUCAGGGCACAGGAGCUCGACGGCGAAAGAGCAUGGCUCAUCAUCUGCCAAGGGUGGGACGACGAAGCCGAAGCCGCCGCGCUCCCUGCCCCGGCGGUCGAGUUCCGGCGGGUUGGAGAAUCUCAAGGAGGCGGUUCUGUCGAACACCUGUGCCGCGGUUGCACCGGCGCAGAGCUGUUCGACCGAGCAGGCUACUGUCCAUGGCGAAACCGGGAAUGCUUCUCCCCCGUCACCGUUCGCUGGCGCGGCGGCAGCGAAUGCCCGCGCCGCCUCGCCGGAUUCAGACUGCGGCGAGGCAGUGGACGGUGGAUCAUACGACCGUGAAGCCGAGGCGAAGCGUGUCGGCGAGCACGACGCCGAGGAGGUCACGGUGUCUCCCCAGAAGCUGGCGAAUGGAGAGAUCACCAGUGACUCGGACACCGAGCCGAGCUAUGUCUACGUCAAGAAGGACGACGUCGAGGGGGAGGAGGAUGCCAUGGCGAGGCGUUCUGAAGCUUUGGCUGUCUCAGAUGCCAAACCUGCAGAGCUGGAGGUGGAGAAGAAUAACAGCGACGCCGCCGCGCGCGGCGAGGAGACCACGGCUCCACCGUCGGACGCCGUCGCGGCAGAGAGCGCGACGACGAUCGUCGCGGAAGAGGCACCGGCGAGGGAGAGCUCCGACGAGUCCUCCUCCUCCUCCUCCUCCUCCUUCUCCGGCAUCAGGUCAGGGCGCGGCUCCCCUCCCAGCAGCGCGCCAGCUUCCUACAUCUCGCGAGCUCCGUCCAUCGAGAGGCUGCUCGAGGAGGACGCCGCGCUGCUGCGCAAGAAGCGGCAGCAGAGCGCCGACAAGCUCGCCCUGAUGGCGAUGACGACGACGACGAUGUCCACCCCGCCGGCCAGGGUCUCCGGCGCGGCGCGGUCGCGAGGAUUCAAGAGCUUCUUGAGCUUCGGGAAGAAGAACAGACGAGGCAAGGAUGUCACCGUCAUCGACUGCACCUCGCCGUCGGUGCCCUCGGUGGCCGACGACGACAGCGGCAGCGGAGGGUGGCCGUCCGGUGAGACGAUCAAGCCAAGGAUGGCCUCCUCGGACGCUGCCUCCGACGACAUGGACCAUGGCUAUGCCAUUGCCGCCUCUCCACAGGGUUGCUCUUUGCAAAGCCUUGUGGUUGCAUCUCCUGCAAAGUCUGAACUGCAUGAGAUAGACCCACAGGAGAAAUCACCAAAAGCUCAUCGGUCGUUCUUCUCGUUUCGAUCAUUCAACUGUGGCAGGAGCUGAUCUGAAGAACUGGGAAUAGACAGUUAUUACUACUGUAAAUAUAGACCAGUGUGGAAAUUAGGUCGCUGCCUGAAAUAUUCAGAAAUCAGAAACCCUUGCAUCAUCUUGAUUCAAAUUUCAAAGAGGUGAAAUGUUGUUAUCUGAAUACUAUUCCUUGAUACAGUAAGGAUAUUCCAUAGACCAAUCAGGAUGCAAGAAGAGCAGAUUUGGAGAUACUUCUGUACGUAUGAUGGCGUGUUUAUGUUUUCUUCUGAUGUUCUUAUCUUAACAGUCUAUGUUUUGGCAACUACCUGUUUGCAUACUGUACCAUGAAAAUGAGAACUGUCCAUCCACAAUAUAUAUGUCGUGAACUGGUUAGUUGGAAAUUAGCACUCGUGCAUGUUUCAGAACA